UCCGGAGAAGGCCACGCAAUGAUAUUCGCAUUACGUUACCUUGAUUAUAGGUCUCUUGUUUAUAGUCCUUUCACUAACUUUAGAAUUAAACGCGAAUACUGAGAAAAUUAGAACGUGUCCUUAAUAAAAUCAUUAUGCAACUAAGGUGUACAGGCCUUUAACAUACCAAACCCAUUUUCCGUGUCUGAUUCAUAAUCAAUUGAAAACCACUGACUCGGAUAAUUUGAAAUAGUGCCGCUAUAGCUACUGCUUCUAAUUUUCGAACGAAUAUUUAUUAUUUGGAAUGCAAGAAUUUGAAAAAGUAUAGUCGGCCUUUUAUGCUGACCUCUAUUAGCUCUGUUCAAGAUUAGUUUCGUCAAUGAAGGGCGCUGUGCGGUCCAAUCCUAGGUCACCAUUCUACAUAUAACACCGACCUAUACCCAGAUUUAGCCAAGAUUGUUAAACCACGACGACCUUGCGGUACAACGCAAAUAGUGCUGAUUGGCAAUAGUUGUAUUGGUUUCCUUGUUCAGCAAUCCAUAUAAAAGCGUGGACACCCAAGACAGUAGAACACAUUCUCACAGCGAAUAUUGAAAGACAUACAGCAGUUCCCAAAAUAUAUCAACAUGUUUCGUCUUGGUUAUAUUAUGCUUGCCGGAGCUCUGAUGCUCGCAACACUUUUAAAAGCAGCCGAUUCUUUGACCAUUCCUCAAGUCAGUAGGCCUAUGUCCGAUAUUGACCACGAAGAUUCUCACGAAACUCAUGUCGAUUCCCGUGAACUACCGGAAGACCACGCCGAUUAUGAAAACUCAUUGGAAGUCCAAUUUGAUGGCCAGCUCUUCCGCAGUAAGGAGGGCCGACACGAGAAGCCGGAAGAAAAUCGAUUUAAGCGUAACAGCUUCCAUAGACCAAGACCAGGUGCGACUCAAAGGCAACAGCAGCCCAUCCGCCACAUGUUUGAAGAUGAUGACGACUCUUUGGAAGACUUGAAUGAGAAGUUAAUGAAGCAGCAGAGGAGAAGGCCAGCAACUUCUCAACAGGAUCGCAAAAAACCUGUUCAGAGUCACCAAUGGAUGGAUACCAGUGACGAGCAGCCGUCUUGGGAAGUGAAAGAUGAGUCGCUGAAGAAUCUGUUUGGAGUUUACUGGGAGUCAAUCAAGGAUAAGAAGAGCAACAGACCGUCGAAGGCGUCGAUGGAAGAUUCGAUGGAAGACAUGCGAAAACAGCAACAUAAAGCUCAACAUCCAGCUCCCAUUCGCAACAGACACACAUUUUAGAUAAUUGUUUACAUUAUGUAUUAUUUCUAUUUAUGUAAUGUAAAUUAAUUAUGGUGUAUUUUAACCAUGA